GCAAGCAUUGUCGAUACACUGAUAACAGAUGGGCUGCCUGAGGAAAAACUUCAGGACAAGAUUAACAAAUACCAUCGCCCUGAAAAUUGCGAAAGCCUGACGAAAGUAAAAGUCAAUGAGGCAGUGUGGGAUAACUUGAGCCCAUCUGUACGCUCACAAGACGUUCGAAUGCAAAAAGUUCAAUCGUCUCUAUUCAAAGGUAUGUGUAACUUGACUGGUACGAUCAAUAAAAUUGUGGAACAAAGACCUACGUUUCCAGUUAGAAACGACUUGCUUCAAGAGGCUACUGAUGCCUUUGCUCUGUUUGCUAAUGCUAAUACUGAGCUUAACCACAGGUGUAGAGAGUUGAUAAAGCCUGACCUGCAUCAUGACUAUAAGCAUUUAUGCUCCUCAUCCCUUGCCAUCACAGAUCAAUUGUUUGGGGAUGAUUUACCAAAGACUUGACAGAAGUCAAUCGUGUUGGUAAAAAGGUCACAACAAAUAGUGGGUCAUCCUGCAGGUUUCCUUUUGAUUCUAGAAAUUGUAGAAACUACAUGUCACACUCUUCAAGUCGUGGACGGGGAUACUGUCAGGCCCGAAGGCCUUUUUUAGGCUGGCGCUUCAACGACCGGCAAACAAACCCCUUGAGCAAAAGGAAGACAAAGCAAGGAAAGUCAAAGUCAAAGUAGACAAUGAGAGUCUGGAUCAUGUGUCUAAUAUUGAUGUUAAGGUGAGCAAAACUCUACAUGCGUCUAAUGACUGUAUUGCUGGCCGACUCUGAGUGGCAGAAUAUCACAUCUGAUCAUUUUAUUCCUGAUAGUGUGACUAAGUACAAAAUUGAAUUUGCUGCUGGGUUCCCACAGCAAGAGACUAUCCCAAGGGAAAUCAGCUUUUCCCUUCAGCAGCAACAUAUUAUUCAAAACGAAAUUGACAACUUGCUGAAUAAAGGAGUGAUCAAAGCGACCACUCACUGUGAAGGGGAAUUCAUUUCUACUAUAUUCAUCCGCCCUAAGAAAGAUGGCACUUAUAGGCUCAUAUUAAAUUUAAAAAAUCUUAAUGAUCACGUGGAAUAUCAUCAUUUCAAGAUGGAUACUCUACAAUCUGCUAUCUGGCUUAUGAAACAGAAUUGUUACAUGGCUUCCGUAGAUUUACAGGAUGCUUAUAACUCGGUUCAUAUUAAUGAGGACUAUCAAAAGUUCUCAGAUUUAGCUAGAGAGGACAAUUGUUUCAGUUCACUUGUUUACCUAAUGGUCUUUCUCGGCCCCACGCCUCUUUACGAAAAUUUUUAAAACCUGUUUAUGCUACCCUUAGAAAGGAAGGGCAUCUAAAUGUGGGAUAUAUUGAUGACUCAUAUCUACAAGGAGAUACAAUACAUGAAUGUCAGACUAACAUUACUGAUACUUGUUGCUUAUUUCAAGAGCUGGGUUUUAUUAUACACCCGGUGAAAUCAGUGCUAAGACCAGUCCAGCCACUUGUUUUUUCUGGGUUUUGUUUUGAAUUCUGUCAGUAUGACUGUGUGCCUGCCUACAGAAAAGGUUUUUCGAAUCAAAGAGCGGUGCAGUAGGCUUGCUUGCAGUGCCACAAUGUCUAUCCAGGAACUUGCAGAAGUUAUUGGACUACUAGUGUCUAGUUUUCCAGGUGUGCUUUAUGGCCCACUUUUCUAUAGACACUUAGAACAUGAUAAAACCAUGGGACUUAGACAAAAUAAAGGAAACUAUCAGGCACGUAUAAAAUUAUCG